AAGAGUGAAGGCGCUACUCCAGCUCGCGGCUCCCGGCACUUGGAGCUCGCUCUCUCCAGCCGCCCCUCUGCUCGGGAAAGGGGCUCGGCGGUGACGCGGGUGCAGACGGGGGGCCACGGAGGGAAACGUGGCCCCAGCCAAGCCAGGGCGGACCCCUCCUACCAAGAGACUCCUGCCUGUAGGCCGAAGCACCCACUGCCUUCCCCGCUCCGAGAGGCUGUCCAGCCAGAGGGUAGGCAUGGCGAGGCUGGGAGGCCCCUGCCUCUGCAGCUGCCUGGCUGUGCUCUCCCUCCUCCCCUUGCGGAGCCUGGCGCAGUACGAGAGCUGGCCCCACUACCCGGAGUACUUCCAGCAGCCCGCGCCCGAGUACCACCGGCCUCAGGUGCCCUCCGAUGUCCCCAAGAUCCAGCUGCGCCUGGCGGGGCAGAAGAGGAAGCACAGUGAGGGGCGGGUGGAGGUGUACUAUCAGGGCCAGUGGGGCACCGUGUGCGAUGAUGACUUCUCCAUCCAUGCUGCCCACGUCGUCUGCCGGGAGCUGGGAUACGUGGAGGCCAAGUCCUGGACGCCCGGCUCCUCCUAUGGCAAAGGGGAAGGGCCCAUCUGGUUGGACAAUGUCUACUGCACCGGCAAAGAGGCAACCCUCGCAGCCUGCACCUCCAAUGGCUGGGGUGUCACCGACUGCAAGCACACAGAGGACGUGGGUGUGGUGUGCAGUGAGAAAAGGAUUCCUGGGUUCAAAUUCGACAAUUCGUUGAUCAACCACGUAGAGAACCUGAACAUCCAGGUGGAGGACAUCCGGAUCCGAGCCAUCCUCUCCGCCUACCGCAAGCGCACGCCCGUGACGGAGGGCUACGUGGAGGUGAAGGAGGGCAAGGCCUGGAAGCAGAUCUGUGACAAGCACUGGACAGCCAAGAACUCCCGCGUGGUCUGCGGCAUGUUCGGCUUCCCUGGGGAGAAGAUGUACAACACCAAAGUGUACAAAAUGUUCGCGGCCCGGAAGAAGCCGCGCUACUGGCGGUUCUCCAUGGACUGCACGGGCACGGAGGCCCACAUCUCCAGCUGCAAGCUGGGCCCACAGGUGACGCGGGACCCCGUGAAGAACGUCACCUGUGAGAAUGGGCUGCCGGCAGUGGUGAGCUGCAUGCCUGGCCAGGUCUUCAGCCCCGAUGGACCUUCGAGAUUCCGGAAAGCCUACAAGCCAGAGCAGCCCCUGGUGCGGUUGAGAGGUGGUGCCAACAUCGGGGAGGGCCGCGUGGAGGUGCUCAAGAACGGCGAAUGGGGUACCAUCUGUGAUGACAAGUGGGACCUGGUGUCUGCCAGCGUGGUCUGCCGAGAGCUGGGCUUUGGAAGUGCCAAAGAGGCCGUCACUGGCUCCCGGCUGGGCCAAGGGAUAGGACCCAUCCAUCUCAACGAGAUCGAGUGCACCGGGAACGAGAAGUCCAUCAUUGACUGCAAGUUCAAUGCCGAGUCCCAGGGCUGCAACCACGAGGAGGAUGCUGGAGUGAGAUGUAAUACCCCUGCCAUGGGCUUCCAGAAGAAGCUGCGCCUGAACGGGGGCCGAAACCCCUUCGAGGGCCGGGUGGAGGUGCUGGUGGAGAGGAAUGGGUCCCUUGUAUGGGGGACCGUGUGCGGCGAGAACUGGGGCAUCGUGGAGGCCAUGGUGGUCUGCCGGCAGCUGGGCCUGGGGUUCGCCAGCAACGCCUUCCAGGAGACCUGGUAUUGGCAGGAAAACAUCAAUGCCAACAAAGUGGUCAUGAGCGGAGUGAAGUGCUCGGGAACGGAGCUGUCCCUGGCACACUGUCGCCAGGAUGAGGACGUGGCCUGCCCCCAGGGCGGAGCACAUUAUGGGGCUGGAGUCGCCUGCUCAGAAACCGCCCCUGACCUGGUCCUCAAUGCGGAGAUUGUCCAGCAGAGCACCUACCUGGAGGACCGGCCCAUGUUCAUACUCCAGUGCGCCAUGGAGGAGAACUGCCUCUCCGCCUCGGCUGCCCAGACCAACCCCACCACAGGCCACCGGCGGCUGCUGCGCUUUUCCUCCCAGAUCCACAACAACGGCCAGUCCGACUUCCGGCCCAAGAACGGCCGCCAUGCGUGGAUCUGGCAUGACUGCCACAGGCACUACCACAGCAUGGAAGUGUUCACCCACUACGAUCUCCUGAACCUCAAUGGCACCAAGGUGGCAGAGGGCCACAAGGCCAGCUUCUGCUUGGAGGACACGGAAUGUGAAGGAGACAUCCAGAAGAAUUACGAGUGUGCCAACUUUGGCGAGCAGGGCAUCACCAUGGGCUGCUGGGACGUGUACCGCCAUGACAUCGACUGCCAGUGGGUGGACAUCACCGACGUGCCGCCUGGAGACUACCUGUUUCAGGUUGUCAUCAACCCCAACUACGAGGUGGCAGAGUCUGACUACACCAACAACAUCAUGAAGUGCAGGACCCGCUACGAUGGCCACCGCAUCUGGAUGUACAACUGCCACAUAGGUGGUUCCUUCAGUGAAGAGACGGAAAAGAAGUUUGAACACUUCAGUGGACUCAUAAAUAACCAGCUCUCCCCGCGGUAAGGCAGCUGCGGGCCGCUCCCGCCUGCGGGCUCUGACCGAUGGACGCCACCCUCCC